AUGCGCGCCAAAGAUAUUAUCACACUACUCCUGGCCUUGACCUCCACGGUCGGGGCCCUGGAGCAGGCGAGCCUAACUGUCACCUCGACCAAGGCAGCUUCCCUCACGGUGACGCCUGACAACACCACCUCCCGCCUUCCGAACACCCUAUCCACCGGUACCAAAGCGCCCGUCAAGCCAACCGGCGUGCCGGGGAAGGUGGAGUACAAACCCCCCACCACCGCGGCGGAGUGUCGCAACGGUGUAUGCCUGAAUUGUUGCUGGAUCUGGAGCUGGGUUACAUUUGGCUUCAGCUGCCGCUACUCGAGGAGGCACCAUACUCUUUCCGUUGCCGCUGCCGGUAGGGCACAGGGGCUCCACGGCCGAAGACUGGCCGAACAGAGGGCAGACGGGGAGGUUGGGGGGAAACGCGGGGGUGGUGGAAAAGGUGGUCGUCGGGGAUAUGCGUAG